CCAAAUGGUAGUCUUUGGAGAAGGAUCGGCAAUGGCGCUUGCACUUGCUGCUGCUUUCUUCUUUUCGCUGGCAUCGGCGGCGCCAGAUUCAUUUUUUGGUUGCUACGAUUCCAUUGUUAGCUUCGGCGAUUCGCUAACCGACACCGGCAAUGACCUUGUCCCUGGGCUACACCGGGGGCCGUGCCCCCCUGCUAACCCGCCCUAUGGCCGGACCUACUUCCACCACCCUACCGGAAGAUUCUCCGACGGCCGCCUCAUCAUUGAUUUCAUCGCACAGAGCCUGGGCCUGCCUCUGCUCAAACCUUACUUUUCCAAACCUCACAACGACACGGCUCAACGUCGCCGGAGCUUCAGCACCGGAGUGAAUUUUGCGGUGUCGGGAGCGUCGGUGCUUCCUUAUGAGUUCUACAAGAAGAUGGGAUGUCUGGAUAUGUCCACCAAUGUCUCUCUGGGAACUCAAAUGGAAUGGUUCCGAACCUUUUUGGCCGGACUUCCAGAUGGUCGAAAGUACCUGGAGAGAUGUUUGUUUGUAUUGGGACCAAUAGGAGGCAACGACUACAACAAUCACCUUCAGUUAGGGAAGACUCUUGAUGAGCUGCAAUUCGUGACUCCUCUACUUGUUAGCCACAUCGGAUCCACUAUUCAAGAGCUGAUCAAGCUUGGAGUUAUGACAAUCCUUGCUCCCGGGAAUUUGCCGGAUGGUUGCAUGCCUAUUUCUCUAACCUCAUAUGGAAAUUCUAGUACACACAAUGACUAUGAUCCGCAAAUUGGUUGUCUCUCUGGGUUGAAUGAGUUCUCCGGCUACCAUAACGAUCUUCUCCAAAAGGAACUGCAGAGAAUAAGGGAACUUCAUCCUCAUGUAAACAUAAUGUAUGGAGACUAUUAUAACAAUGCCAUGCGAAUGUAUCUCGCCCCCAACCAAUUCGGAUUUAGAAACCAAAUUCUUAGGUCUUGUUGUGGAGGCGGAGGGACGUACAACUACAACCCGGUCGAGCAAUGCGGCAGUCCUCAAGCAACUUGUUGUCGUGAUCCGGCUGAGUAUAUUAGUUGGGAUGGAAUACACUUUACAGAGGCAGCCAACAGGGUUAUGGCCAAAGGAUUGCUCCAAGGACCAUAUACUGAUCCUCCUUUCUCGACCAACUGCAUAAUUAAUUCCACAUCGACAUCGACGAUUGCUGAGUACUAAUUAAGAAGACUCAAGUAGACUACUCUAUGUAGUAGUGCAGAUGCUGAAGUUUGUUGUAUGCUUUAUGCGUACACGUAUUGAUGAAUGAUGAUGAUGAUGACUUAUAGUCAUUAAUUAUUUGCCACACCA